AUGAUUAAAAUUAUUAUAGGUAUAAUAGGUUAUUAUAUUGUAUACAGCUCUUACCAUAUAUAUGAAAAUAUUAAGAUCCCAAUAUUUAAUCAUCAUAAUGUUAUAAAAAAUAAUGAAGGUCAUAAAAAAGAGCAAACGGUUAUGCCCAAGGAGGGUAAUAAAAGAUAUAGUACUAACGAAGAAGAAGAGGAAUAUUUAAAUAAGCCUUUUAAGAAUAUAUUAAAAAAAGAUGAUAUAAUUGAUUAUCAUUUAUAUUUUUCUUGUGAAGAAGAUAUAGAUAUAAAUAAACAUAUCCAAGACAAAUAUUUAGAAAAUGAUGAAAAAUUUAUCAGUGUGUAUAAAAUAUUGAAUGGUAGAUAUAACUGGAAUAAUAAUGUAGAUUUGUUAGAAGAAAAACGAAAGAAGAAUAUAUUUUUUUUUCUGUUUGAAAAUAUAUAUCCAUCUUUUGAUAUUAAAAUACCCCAAGAGUUAAUUGAUCAAAGGAAAGAUAUUUAUUUGCAUAUCUUGACUUAUGUUAAUAAAGAAUUAUAUAGGUAUGGUUCAAAAACGGUUGUUAUAACUAAGAGGAAAAAAAAGAGAAAAUCACAAGGUAAGAAAAGAUUUUUGUGGAAGGGUCUUAUUGAUGAGGAGGAAGAAGAAGAUAUAGAAGAUGAUGACGAAAAGGAAGAUAUAGAAGGUGGUGACGAAAUGGAAGAUAUAGAAGAUGAUGAAGAAAUGGAUGAUAUAGAAGAUGAUGAUGAAAUGGAAGAUAUAGAAGAUGAUGACGAAAAAACAAACAAACAAGACAGUUAUGAAAAAGGCGGAUCAAAUAAGGUUUAUAAGAAUAUAUCAAAGAAUAAACAAAAUAAUAAGUAUCCAAGUGAUAAAAGAGAUAUAAAAUAUAACAAUAAUAAUAAUAAUAAGAAGAAUAAUUUUAUAAAAAGUAAUGAAAAAAUGUUGAAUAUUGAUAAAAAGAAAAAAAGAAAAGAUUUUUUAUUUUAUAUUCCUAAAAAAAUAAGAUUCGGACCAGUUAUAGAAUAUAACGAUUUCCAUAUUAGUAAUUUAGGUUUUUUUUCAAACAUGUUUAUAGAUAAAGAUACGAAUACAUAUUUGUUACCUUUAUAUGUGAAUAAUCAUUUAACACCUGAUGAUGAGUAUCGAAUGAUUAAGAUGAAAAAUUCUGAUGAUAUGAUGAAGAAGAAACUAAAAAAGAAGCGAUCAUCAGAAGAUGAUAAUAAAGACAAUAUAACAAAUGAGUAUAAUAAUUUAAAAAAAAAGAAUUAUUUAGAAAUUUAUGACUUAUCAAAGAUGACAUAUGAAAUUAAAAAUGAUAUGAAUCCAUUAAAAAAUGAAUUAAUGGAAUACAGAAUAAAUAUAGAAUAUGUGCCUAUAAAUUAUAAUUAUUAUAAUUUAUUGAAUAUGUUAAAAUUUAAUGUUGAAUAUGUAAAAAAGAAAUAUAAUUUUAUAUCAUUUGAUAUGGAUAGUAUAAGUACAUUUUUAUGUUCUGAUAUAAUAUGUAGUAUGAUAAUAUAUAUAUUAUGUUUUAUUUAUAUAAUAAUAGAAGUAAGUUAUUUAUUAUUUGAUAUAAAAUGUUGGAAACGUUGGAACAGUUUAUAUACUUUUACAUAUAGUAAUGACAUAAUUAUGAAUAUCACAUUACUUUUUUUUAUAUUAUUAUAUUUAAGAAAUAUAAAUUAUGGUAGGGUUAUUAUGAUAUAUUAUAUAAUGAAGAUGAUGGUAUUAAUAUUUAAAAUAAUAAAUAAUUAUGAUAUAUGUAUAUUGAAUGAUUAUCCAUAUAUAUGUAUAAAUAAAAAGUGUAUAACAAAUAUGAAUGAAAGAAUAAUAAUAAAUGACGAGUUUGAAAAAAAAAUAAAAAAUAAAAUAAAUAUAUUUAUGAUCUUUAUUAUUAU